AUGAGCCAACUAGCCUCUUCCGUUAGCCGUUUGGAGACUCAAGGUAAGUUUCCUUCCCAAACUACUAUUAAUCCUAAGCAAAAUGCUAGUGCUAUUGUUUUACGCAGUGGAAAAGAGCUACAGUCCGAAAUUAGCAUUAAGCAUGGAGACGCACAACAAGGCACAACAGAGGAAGAGCUUGAAAAAUCCAAACAAACCAGCAAUGACAUUCCUAAGGCAUUGGUGACAAAACCACCCUUCCCGGAAAGAUUUGCUAAGGGUAAAAAAGAAGGAGAAGAGAGGGAAAUCUUCAAAACAUUCCGUAAAGUGGAGGUAAACAUUCCAUUACUUGACGCAAUUAAACAAAUACCCCGCUAUGCCAAAUUUCUCAAAGAACUGUGCACCAACAAAGGAAAGUUGAAAGGCAAUGAAAGGGUAAGUAUGGGGGAGAAUGUGUCCGCAAUUCUCCAACAAAAACUACCCCCCAAAUGCAAAGACCCUGGUAUGUUUUCUAUCCCUUGUAAAAUUGGUUUAAUAGGUAUUAAGAGAGCCAUGUGUGAUUUGGGUGCUUCUAUAAAUGUCAUGCCUCUUACUAUCUUUAAAUCUUUGAAUGUUGGUCCAUUAAAAGAAACGGGUGUUGUGAUUCAACUUGCUGAUCGUUCUAUUGUUUAUCUUGAAGGAGUCCUUGAAGAUGUUUUAGUAGAAGUUAAUGAAUUGGUUUUUCCUUCUGAUUUCUUUGUGAUAGAUAUGAGGGAAGAUAAUUCCCCCAAUUCUACAUCUAUUUUGUUAGGAAGGCCAUUUCUUAAAACCGCUAGAACAAAAAUUGAUGUCCACAAUGGUACUCUCACUAUGGAAUUUGAUGGUGAAAUUAUAAGAUUUAAUAUAUAUGAAUCCAUGCGAUAUCCUAGUGAUGUACCUACUGCUUUCUUUUUGGAUGCACUUGACCCUGUUGUGCAGGAAUUGACAAAUUAUGAUAAUGAAGACCACGCCAAGUUAGUGCUAGAAAGGAGCCUCACACCCACACAAGUGCAACUUUUGGAGGACUUUAUAGCACUCGAUCCAAACAUAGGAGAAAGCGUCUUCGAAUUUGAAGCCCUUCCACCUUUACCCUCCAAUCUUGCUUUCAUUGAAUUGCCACAAUCUCAUACUAAACUUGUCCCUUCUAUCUUGCAGGCACCUACUUUGGAGUUGAAGGAAUUACCCAAGCAUCUAAAGUAUGCCUUCUUAGGAGAAAACGACACUCUACCGGUGAUCAUCUCUAGCAAGCUUUCCUCCUUAGAAGAGGAAAAAUUGAUCCAUGUGCUUCGAGAGUUCCGAGAGGCCAUUGGUUGGACCAUAGCCGACAUCAAGGGGCUAAGCCCUUCUACGUGCAUGCAUAGGAUUCUACUUGAAGAAGGAGCCAAACCAUCACGAGAGGCACAACGUCGAUUGAACCCGCCUAUGAUGGAAGUGGUAAAGAAAGAAAUUUUAAAACUUCUUGAUGCAGGUAUAAUCUUUCCUAUUUCUGACAGUGAAUGGAUAAGUCCUACUCAAGUUGUGCCUAAGAAAACGGGUAUCACUGUGGUUGAAAAUUCUUUUGGAAAUUUGAUACCUGCUCGUGUUCAAAAUGGAAUAGAAGUCGAUCCAGCUAAAAUUGAUGUCAUAAAAUCCCUACCUUACCCCGCUAGUGUGCGGGAGAUUCGCUCUUUUCUUGGUCAUGUAGGAUUUUAUAGACGGUUCAUUAAGGAUUUCUCCAAGAUAACUCAAUCCCUUGCCGUUCUAGGCCAACGAGUUGGAAAGGACCCUCAUGUCAUCUACUACGCUUCAAGGAUGUUAGACAACACUCAAAGCAAUUACACCACCACGGAAAAAGAACUAUUAGCUGUUGUCUUUGCUUUAGAAAAGUUUCGUUCUUAUUUGCUUGGUACUAAAGUGAUUGUUUAUUCUGAUCAUGCAGCACUUAGGUACCUCUUGUCAAAAAAAGACGCAAAGCCAAGGCUCAUACGGUGGAUACUCUUACUACAAGAGUUUGACUUAACCAUUAAGGACAAAAAGGGGGCGGAAAAUCUCGUUGCCGACCAUCUCAGUCGAUUAAUAAUCGACGGACAUUCACCCCCUUUAAAAGAUGAAUUCCCGGAUGAACAACUCCUCGCCACACAAGGAAUAAUCCCAUGGUACGCUGAUCUAGUAAAUUUCCUUGCUACUAAUACUUUGCCUAAUGAUUUGUCUAGAGCAAAAAGAGAAAAAAUUAGAAGUGAUGCAAAGUACUAUGUGUGGGAUGAUCCAUAUUUGUGGAAGUAUUGCUCAGAUCAAAUCAUAAGGAGGUGCGUACCCGAAUCCGAAGUUACAUCUAUUCUUGAAUUUUGUCACUCUCAUGCUUGUGGGGGGCAUUUUGGGCCUAAACGAACAGCAUUGAAAGUGUUAGAAUGUGGUUUAUUUUGGCCAAAUUUGUUUAAGGAUUCCUAUCUAUUCUGCAAAUCUUGUAAGAAUUGCCAAAUGACGGGAAAUCUCGGUCCCCGUGAUCAAAUGCCCCUAACCUCCAUACUUGUGUGUGAAAUCUUUGAUGUAUGGGGAAUUGAUUUUAUGGGACCAUUUCCCUCAUCCUUUGGUAAAUCUUACAUCAUUCUUGGGGUAGAUUAUGUAUCUAAGUGGAUUGAAGCAAAAGCCACACGUACGGAUGAUGCUAAAACUGUCAUAGAUUUUGUGAAGACUAACAUCUUUUCUCGGUAUGGGAUGCCUAGAGCCAUCAUUAGUGAUCGAGGGACUCACUUUUGCAAUAAGAUGGUAAGUGCUUUGUUCAAAAAGUACAAUGUAACUCAUCGAGUCUCCACUGCCUACCACCCGCAAACAAAUGGUCAAGCCGAAGUCUCCAAUAGUGAGAUCAAGUCCAUACUUGAAAAGACGGUCAAUCCCAAUCGCAAGGAUUGGAGCGUUCGCUUGGAUGAUGCGUUAUGGGCUUACCGCACUGCAUACAAGACUCCAAUAGGUAUGUCCCCGUACCGUUUAGUUUUUGGUAAACCUUGUCAUCUUCCUGUUGAACUUGAGCAUAGGGCUUUUUGGGCAAUCAAACAACUCAACAUGACGAUGGAUGAGACGGGGUGUCAAAGAAAAUUGCAACUCCAAGAGCUUGAGGAAAUUCGAAAUGACGCUUACGAAAACUCAAGGAUCUAUAAAGACAAGACUAAAAUUUUCCAUGAUCAAGCCAUCUCAAGAAAAGUCUUCGUUGUUGGGCAAAAAGUGCUGCUUUUUCAUUCCAAACUUAAACUUUUUCCGGGUAAGCUGCGUUCUCGUUGGAUUGGACCUUUUGUUGUGACUCAUAUUUUUCCUCAUGGUGCAGUUGAAAUCAAAAGUCCAACCACUCAAAAAGUGUUCACGGUGAAUGGGCAUAGGCUUAAACCAUUCUACGAAGGAAAGGUGAGGGAUAGUCUCCUCCUCCUUCAAGCAGCAAACGCAUCUAGAGGCCAGAGAGAUGCCCUUUUGUUUGAGUCUACUGUCGACUGGUAUCCAGUUAUGUUGUUUGAGUCUACUGUCGACUGGUAUCCAGUUAUGGAGGACUUUCCAAAUGAAGAUAGAAAUAGUAGGCCGGACAAGGGGAGACCAGAGACUUUUGAAGAUGGAAAAGGAAGGUUUGUGGUCUCUAGUAAUCUCCUGAGCUGA